ACUUAUCCGGAUUUAAUAACCCGACCCGUUUAACUCCAUAUGCUCGUUGCUGAGAUUGAUGAAGAAUUGAAUGAAGAAUAGUUUUUUCAAUCCAAGACGACGACCAGGAAAAGAAUGAGCUGUGCAACAGUGAUAGCUAAAAUGGGAGCUUCAGGCAGAGCAUUGCUGGGUUUCUCCUCAUUUCUCCCCUCUACAGCCAGACGUCUCUCUUUUCUCAGACCCUCCUACGCUCUACGCUUAAACCCGCACAGGGUUUUGCAAAGGUUUAGACCCCUCUGCUCGGCCGCCGCAACAUAUACCGCCGAGGAGGAUGCAUUACAGCCGGCAAAGCACAGCCUUUUAUUGGAAAGGCUCAGACUUAGACACCUCAAACAGUCUGCAAAAGCAGACGUCACGCAUCCAGUUAAUGGAUUAAAGGGUGUGAAGGAGAAUGACCAUGACGAGGUUACUAGGAAAACUGGGAAGCAGAAAGUGGUGGCUGCUUCGAGUUUUCAGGAGUUAGGGUUGAGUGAAGAGGUUAUGGGGGCUUUGGGAGAAAUGGGUAUAUCUUCGCCCACUGAGAUUCAGACUAUUGGGAUACCUGCUGUGCUUUAUGGUAAAAGUGUGGUGUUGGGAUCGCACACUGGUUCUGGAAAGACUCUUGCUUACCUUUUGCCGAUUGUUCAAUUGCUCAGAAGAGAUGAGGAAUUAAAUGGCAUCCUAAUGAAACCAAGACGACCUCGAGCUGUUGUUCUUUGUCCCACAAGGGAGUUAUGUGAACAGGUUUUCCGGGUUGCAAAAUCCAUCAGCCAUCAUGCACGGUUCAGAUCCACCAUGGUAAGUGGUGGUGGGCGUUUAAGGCCUCAGGAAGAUUCCUUGAAUGGCCCAAUUGACAUGGUUGUUGGAACCCCUGGCAGAGUUCUUCAACACAUUGAGGAUGGAAAUAUUGUUUAUGGGGACAUCAAAUACUUGGUGUUGGAUGAGGCUGAUACUAUGUUUGAUCGGGGUUUUGGUCCGGACAUCCGCAAGUUUCUGGGACCAUUGAAAUCACGUACUGCUAAAUCUGACGAUCAAGGAUUUCAAACUGUCUUGGUAACUGCAACCAUGACAAAGGCAGUGCAAAAGCUAGUUGAUGAGGAGUUUCAAGGCAUCGAACACUUGCGUACUUCUUCAUUGCAUAAAAAGAUUGCAUCUGCUCGGCAUGAUUUCAUCAAACUUUCAGGUCCAGAGAACAAGUUGGAGGCAUUAUUGCAGGUACUUGAGCCAAGUUUAGACAAGGGAAACAAAGUAAUGGUCUUCUGCAAUACAUUGAACUCCAGUCGGGCUGUUGACCAUUUUCUGAGUGAGAAUCAAAUUUCAACUGUCAACUACCAUGGAGAAGUUCCCGCAGAGCAAAGGGUUGUGAACCUAGGGAAGUUCAAGAGCGAGGAGGGAGAUUGCCCAACCCUGGUCUGCACAGACUUGGCUGCUAGGGGACUAGACCUUGAUGUGGAUCAUGUCAUCAUGUUUGAUUUUCCUUUAAAUUCGAUUGAUUACCUACAUCGCACCGGAAGAACUGCUCGCAUGGGUGCCAAAGGGAAGGUGACUAGCUUGGUUGCUAAACGGGAUGUGCUUUUGGCAACUAAGAUUGAAGAGGUAUUAAAGAAGAAUGAGAGCUUAGAGUCUGUCUCUGUUGACAGUAUUAAACGUGACAUUGCCAGAUCUGACAUUACAAAGCAGAAAGAGAAGUUGGUUAAAGCUUCAAAUGCAAAAACUAAGAGCCAAAAUGCAUCCUCAGGUAAAGCGUCUUCUUCUAAUACCAGCAGCAGGAAAGGAGUGCCACCUGUCAAAAAAACUUCAAAGAAGACGACAUUUUCUAGCAAAUCACCGCGGACUCCAUUAUCAAAACAGCCUAAAAGAGGAGUAGCAAUCAAAGUAUCUAAGAAGACAUCUAGUGGGAAGAAACAGUCAGAUAGCCCAAAGCCUAAUGGAUCAAAACUAAAUGUUGUCGGAUUUCGGGGCCGUAGUUCAUCGUCAAGUGAUAAGAGAGGGAAUAUUAAGGUUUCUUGAUGUAUGUAUGCAGAACACAGUCCUUUUGGUCUUGAGACUCUUGACUCAUGAUUAUUUAUAGUUGUAGGGUAAAUUUAUUUUCCUUCCUCACUUUUCACACGGUCAAGGUUUCACCAUGUCACCGAGAGAUAACGGGUUCAAGUCUCGCGAGCAGUCUCUUGUCAAAUUAGAUAGGGGACGGCUUACCCCUUAUACGUCCUUGUGGUGGCCUUUUUAUAUUGAUUGUAGACUUGUAGUGUAUAUAUUUUCUAAUAACCGCAUCACUUCCUCUGGUUCCAAUACUAGGACAGGGGUACAUAGCGUUUUGUAAAAAUAUUGAUAAAAUUGUAAGGCAACAACAAUGGUGUGAAUCAUUUCCUGGAAAGAGCAUUUCUUUGCAGGCUUGCAGCACGAAAUGGGGGAAGGAUGAUGUGCCUUGCUGUGUCAUAGAUGACACUGGAGAUAUGAGAGAGCUGGCAUUAGAUCCCAUGCAUAUGUUUUUCUCCCACGCUGAUGAAACUUAUUCUCCACUGUUAGAAGUGUGCUGAAUUGAGUCCUGCUGAAUUGAGUCCUGUAAGUGUAUCAGGCUGCAAUCCAUUUAUGAUAAAUUCUUGUAAAAGGGAGAGCUUCCAUGAAGGAUAUCAACAAAAAAGAAAGAUGGGCAAUCAUAUCAAAACGGUAUAGUAGUUGACUAGCAUUAAAUGGGAUUGGCCUCAAAUGGGCUUCCUAGAAAUAUAGUGUACUAGUACAUUAUUCAAAAGAAUAUCUCUAUUUUGAGAGAUUUUAUAAUGAUAAUCCCUACCGAAUGGAUUCAUAAAAAUAAUCCGAACUAAUAAUGAUGUUCAUAAGAAUAAACUAUAUGCAUGUGAGCAUGUCCAUUUAAUAAUCUCAAUCCCUACUCCAACUCUGUGUUCU